AUGAUGGAGGCAGCUCAAGCGUUACUACCUCGACUAAAAGAGUGGAUGAGAAGGGAUAAGGAAGAUAAAGCAAACUUCACUCACUCUUCCUUCAAUGAUGUCUUAGCGAAAUUGCAAAGGGAGAUAAACAAGCAGCAGCGUUUGCGUCGCUCCUUGUCUCCUGGUAGCAGAUCGCCUAAAAAGAGACCGAAAAAACGGAAAUCUCAAGAUAUGGAUCCACCCAGUCCUGCCGAAGUGAGCCGGAGUUUCGCUGCUUCAAAUACGGAUUUGCCUUGUACAAGUAGUGUAACGUCUGUUGAGUCCGCUUCUGUGCCUCUGAAAGAGGGGUCCGAGAAGGUGACGACGGGAUCAGCAGGAGUCGACACAAGUUCCGGCGAAUUGGACACUGAUUUAGUCGCGGAUUUCCGGCUCAAACUGACCAAAAAGGGAAAGAGUUAUGCUGCGGCAAUCGAAGAUAAACCAGAUCCGAUGCUUGAGGAUGUGAACAUGGUUCAAAUGUUCGCACGUCGAAGCCACAGUGGAAGAAAACCUCGUCCAUCUGCUUGGCUUGCUGCUGCAGUAGGAUUGGACGAGUUGGAAAAGACUUCCAAACAUUUAGAAGAAGUUGGUGAUCAAUUACCUCUGAGAGAAGUCGUGUCCUAUGAAGCAGAAAUGGAGAGGGCGUGUGAAGAAGAGGAAGCGGAAAUGCUCCGAGAAAUGAAUAAGAAAAAGGGCAAGGAUAGGGCACCUGCAGCAAGCUCGUUCCAUGCUCGUGCUCCGGCAAAGAAGAAGUUUACCACUGCCAAGCAAAGAUUAGCGGCUAAGAUGAAACUGAAAUGA